AUGUCCAACAGUAGCUCCCUGAAUGAAUUCCUCCUCCCGGCGUUUGCAGACAGUAGGGAGCUGCAGCUCCUGCACUUCCUGUUGUUCCUGGGCAUCUACCUGGCUGCCCUCCUGGGCAACGGCCUCAUCAUCACAGCCAUAGCCUGUGACCACUGCCUCCACACCCCCAUGUACUUCUUCCUCCUCAACCUCUCCCUCCUCGACCUUGGCUCCAUCUCCACCACUGUCCCCAAAUCCAUGGCCAAUUCCCCAUGGAACACCAAGGCCAUUUCCUACAUGGGAUGUGCUGCCCAGGUUUUUUUCUUUGUCUUCUUAUUUUCAGCAGAAUAUUUCCUUCUUACCAUCAUGGCCUACGACCGCUUUAUUGCCAUCUGCAGACCCCUGCACUAUGGCACAGUCAUGGGCAGCAGAGCUUGUGUCAAAAUGGCAGCAGCCGCCUGGGGCAGCAGUUUUCUCAAUGGUCUCCUGCACACUGCUAACACCUUUUCAAUACCACUCUGCCAAGGCAACACAGUGGAGCAAUUCUUCUGUGAGAUUCCCCAGAUCCUCAAGCUCUCCUGCUCAGACUCCUACCUCAGGGAAGUUGGGCUUAUUGUGAUUAGUCUUUGUUUAGUCUUUGUGUGUUUUGUUUUCAUUGUGGUGUCCUACGUGCAGAUCUUCAGUGCUGUGCUGAGGAUCCCCUCUGAGCAGGGCCAGCACAAAGCCUUUUCCAUGUGCCUCCCGCACCUGGCCGUGGUCUCCCUGUUUCUCAGCACCUCAUUUUUUGCCUACCUGAAGCCCCCCUCCCUCUCCUCCCCAGUUCUGGAUCUGGUGGUGGCUGUUCUGUACUCGGUGGUGCCUCCAGCAGUGAACCCCCUCAUCUACAGCAUGAGGAACAAGGAGCUCAAGGAUGCCCUGAGGAAACUGGUUCAAUGGGUCCACUGUCAGCACCAAUAA